AUGAACAACCUCCCCUCUUCCCCAGCAUACUACCUUGGGCCGAUCAGCUGCCCCGUUCUCCCAGCUCACCGCAUGGAUGGCCUAAAAGAGCGCGAGCCAUCAAGGGCAGGAGAUCUGUACACAGCAGAGAUCGGUCAGACAGUCAACACCAUCAACCAUCAGAGAAACGCGGUCAAGUUGAUCAUGGCGAGAUGGUCCACCGUAGACCCAGUUCACUACCCAACUAUUCUGGGCGUGAGCCAAAACGACAGUAAGAGUGAGGACGUGAAGGCUGUAGUCAGCAUGGUAAACACCAUGCAGACCAGCUGGAUCGGCCAGUCCUCUUGGGUCCAAGGCUACAUCAAGGGAGAGACUACCAGGGAGCGGCGCCCCCCGUCGCUCGCCGCGCCCAUCGCCGCCGAGCGUAUAAGAAAGCGGUCCGAACUCACAUGGGCACAACCACUCAGAAGCGGCACCGGAGCUCGGCGGCGCCGAACAAGCCCUGAACACCGGAAAUCGGAAGUUGGGGACACUGCAGACAGCCUUGGAGAGCUUCAAGCCAUCCGAGACCAGAUUGAGAGUCUUCAAGAGUACCAAGGCGGUCCAACCGCUACCAACGACGGCCCAUUCCGUAACUUCGCAGAAGUGCCCGCAGCUGAACCCUACUACGCACAAAUGGCAAGCAAGGACAAAUGUGCUUUCUGGGAAGCUAGAUAG